CUUUGGUUUUAGUUCGGUCUUACAGCAGAGGAUAUCGGUGGCUGUUGUGUUGAAUCCUCAUUCAGAUAAUCUUAUAUAAAAAUGUUUUAGAUGGCCACAUCUGCAAUAUCAUGUCUACUCUGGCGACUACGAAGCAACCAAAGAGCAGAUUUUGCUAAAAGCAAAGCAGCGAUUUGGAAUCAGUAUCAAUCCCAGAAAUGUACACUUCGUGUUUUUACGAUUACGUCCUCUCGUUGAAGCAAGUAUUUAUCCUCGUUUUACCCUUCUAUUACAAACAAUGGCUGGACUGAUUCUGGGACUCGAAGCUUUGCUGAAACUAAAUCCAUCAAUAUUCAUCGACAGCAUGGGAUACAGCUUAACGCUUCCAUUAUUUCGGUAUGUCUUCACCGCCCAACUGUGA